CUUUGAAGUUCCAAUAAACGCGCCCGAAACUUACCGAAGAUCAAGCUUGUCGAAGAAAAAUUAAAAUGGUGGUAGAUGGUUUGUUAGACAAUGAUGGGAUAUUCCACCGUGUGUAAAGCCGUAUGCGAAGAGAAUCUUUCCAAAUUUUGUAGAUAACGUGAUUAGAAACUAAAGGAACUUGAGAAAUAAUGGAUGGUGCCGAGUCAGUUCGUUCAGGGAGAAGUGAUAGGUCAGAAAGGUCAAGGCGUAGUCAUGGCAGCCACCACCACCGUCAUCACCACGGCAGCCGCAGUCGUGGUCCCAGCUCAGACCACGGUGGUCACCAUCGUCCAGGGGAGCGCAGCAUGGACGAGCGCUCCGUAACAAUCAAAACUCCGGGCAAUAUGUCAGACACCGAGGACAGGAUGAUGGGGGAAGAGAGAAUUGAGGUUCAGGUCAUUCCUCAAGAUGAUAACUGGGGGGACAACACAACGGCUAUUACAGGUAAUACAAGUGAGACAGGGUUUUCUAUGGAGGACAUGAGAGGGAAGUUUGGCAAGGAGAGUUUUGAGGAGACCAUUGGGAUUGGAUGUGCUCGAUAUGUGGGCACCACUCUGGCCAGUAUCUUGUCUGUGAUAGCCUUUCUCUCACCUAUAGCCAUGGUGAUUUUACCUAAACUUGGAAUAAAUGGCUGGGAUGCUGGUCCGUGUAAACCAGACUGUGAAGGACUUCUCAUUAGCUUUGCCUUCAAACUUUUAAUUUUAGCUAUGGGAACAUUUGCCUUGUUUUUCAGGCAACCUAAAGCGACCAUGCCUCGAGUGUUUCUAUUCCGAGCCGUAGUACUAUUCCUGGUUUUUGUACUGACUUUUGCCUUUUGGCUUUUUUAUGGUGUAAGAAUCAUUAAAGAACAAACUUCGCCAAAGACUUCCCAGACCCCUAUAGAUCCCUCGGACCUUGCGAAGGUGCUGGGGAUAGAGUACAAGGAGAUAGUCCAGUUUUCUGUGUCUUUUGUUGAUGCUCUCUUAUUCAUCCAUUACAUUGCCGUCAUUCUGCUGGAGAUUCGUCAGUUGCAGCCCAUGUUUGUCAUUAAGGUGGUUCGCUCCCCCGAUGGGGAGUCAAAGUGUUAUAAUAUUGGUGCACUAAGUAUUCAGAGGGCGGCGUCCUUUAUACUGGAGCAGUACUAUAGGGACUUCCCGGUCUAUAACCCGUACUUAGAAAAUGCUUACAAGAAGCCAAUGAAAAUGUCAGGAAUUAAAUUCUAUGAUAUCGAUGGAAAUAAUUCCCAGAAUGUGCAGAGUCGGUCCAGAGCCAUAUUUGCUGCUGCAGCUCGCAGGAGAGAUGCAAGUCACAAUGACAGAUUUCAUGAAGAAGAAGAGUAUAACAGGCGCGUAAGGAAGAGAAGAGCUCGUCUGAUCGUAGCUGCAGAGGAGGCGUUUACCCACAUAAAGAGAAUGCAGGAGGAAGCAGGGGGAGCAGCCAUUCCUAUGGAUCCUAACGAGGCAGCCCAAGCGGUGUUUCCUUCCAUGGCCCGGGCUCUCCAGAAGUAUCUCCGUGUCACUCGCCAGCAGCCCAGGUACACCAUGGAGUCCGUGCUGAACCACCUAGCCAGCUGUAUCAGUCAUGACAUGACACCCAAGUCCUUCGUGGAGCGUUAUCUAAAUCAGGGGGUGGUCAUCAUGAAUGAAAAAGAGUACAAAGAAGUAGAGAAGUGGAUUCUCAUCUCAGAUCAGCUGCUGACGCGAGAACUUGAGCACAAUUCUGUGUUUCAGCUGCGUCAGAAUGACAUUUCAUUAUUGUGUACAGCUAAAAGACUGCCCCAUUUUAAUCUUACCGAAGAAGUCAUAAAUCCAAAGACCAACAAGUUUGUGUUGCGACUGAACUCAGAAACCUCUGUAUAACCAUGAGGAGGCAUAUUCUUUUGAGUGUCGUUGUAUCAUACCUUUCACUUUUGUUCCAUGCUGUUUCGUGUAUCCCUGUGAAAACGGUGGUGUGCAAAACUUGCUCUGUGAAUAAUUUUGUUCUAUAGAGAAGGAAUGAUUGCUUGAAAGAGAAACGGGGGCCAAAUGAUCAUUAAUGAAUGUUCUGUGUACUUAAGAGUGAAAACAGAUGCAAAUGUGGCUAGACAAAUCAUUUCUAUGGUUCAUUUUACAUAUACAUG